AUGCCGAUACACCGGGACCUCUCUGCUGAUGAUCAGCACCUACAAGUUGGCAAGCAAAGAGUUUAUGAAGCGAGGCAGAUCGGCUGCCUGCCCCGCUGCAGCCUGGCCCUGCUGCUCCCCGGCCCCGACUGCCCUUUCCCGAGAAAAAUCGAAGUCCCCGGAGAGUGCUGCGAGAAGUGGGUCUGCGACCCCGAAGACAAAGUGAUUUUGGGAGGUUUUGCUAUGGCUGCAUACAGACAGGAGGCCACCCUGGGGAUCGAUGUGUCCGAUUCAAGCGCCAAUUGCAUUGAGCAGACAACAGAAUGGAGUGCUUGUUCUAAAAGCUGUGGCAUGGGCUUUUCCACCCGGGUUACCAACAGAAAUCAACAAUGUGAGAUGGUGAAGCAGACACGGCUUUGCAUGAUGAGACCUUGUGAAAAUGAAGAGCCAUCUGAUAAGAAAGGGAAAAAAUGUAUCCGAACAAAGAAGUCCCUGAAAGCCAUUCACUUUGAGUACAAGAACUGCACAAGUGUGCAGACAUACAAACCUCGUUACUGUGGCCUCUGCAACGAUGGGCGAUGCUGCACCCCACACAACACCAAAACGAUCCAGGUCGAGUUCCGCUGUCCUCAUGGCAAGGUCUUAAAAAAGCCAAUGAUGUUGAUCAACACCUGUGUUUGCCAUAGUAACUGUCCUCAGAGCAACAAUGCUUUCUUCCAGCCAUUAGAUCUAACUUCUAGUGAAGUAAAAAUAUGAAAUGCUUUAAUUAGGUGGCUCAAAAGGUAUAAAUAUUUUAUAUAAAACUUGACCCACAAUCAGGUGAAUGUAACAAGAGCAUAUUUAAAAUAUCUAGGAUUUUUUCCAACAGUCUAGACACUUUCUUUUGUUCUGUAGUUUAUUAAAUACCUCAUUUUACAUUUCUCCCCUCCAAAUGUCUUUUAUUCACUUGAAGGAAAUUUUGUACCUUGGACAGAGCCUUCUUUUUUUGUUAGCAGUGGUGUAAAGAUAAUUAGGUGACAGCUAGUCUCUCUCCAUGGGAAUUAUGAGUUAUGGGAAUUAGGCUGCUGACUUCAGUGGCCAGCAAACUGGGCUCUUUCUUUAAUAGCAAAUAGAUUCCUUGGGGAAUGCCUGAUACUGUAUCGCGUAAGCCUCCAGAUGCUUAACUUCAGUUUGCAUAAUAUGUAUAAACACUUACGCAGCAUUCUUCUUCCAUUCUAAUGAAAUUUUGUUUCCGAUGACAGUAAAAAUCUUACUGAUGAGAGUGUUGAAUUCUUGUGGCUUAUAGAAUAUUUUCUAUCUGUAUAUUUGACUUUCUCUGAGGAUUCAGUUUGCACAAAGCCCCAGAAGUGACAAAACUAAGAUCUCUAAUCCUGAAGUACAGGAGAUUGAUAGCUGAUAGCAAUUAAAUUUCUCCUUGGCAGCUUCACUAGUAGCCUGUCCAAAACCCACUGAAGUCCAUGACUUAAGGGCACUUGGUUCUAACCGAUGUGUGUCUGUAGAUGCAAGUGUUAGGAUGCAGAAAUAAGAAUUAUGUAAAUUCCUCUAAAACACUAACUGUAUCAUAUGGUGCUUCAUAUAACAGAAAGGUGUAUAUGUAAAUAGAAACUGUAUAUAUUGUAAUAUAACUUUUCUGUACUAA